GUUCACUUUGUCAGUUUCUGCCGCAACUUACGUGCAAGUCCUAGGCCUUACCAUGGUGACUAUAGCAUCCUCCCAGUCGAACGAAGCAGAGCAAAAGAAACGAAAGCAAACUUUAGAGCGCGCAAAAGCAAAUCACCUCUCGAAACAGUUACAGAUGCGUCUACAGUACGCAAAGCUCAAGGUCGAACACGGAUGGGUACGCUCUCUUACUAGCUGAUGUAGCGAUUGAUGGACUGGCCGUCGAUUAAUUAGCAACGCCAAAACUUGAACGAGGUCGAGAACCUGUAUUUCCACCAUUCGCAGGUACGCGGGCUGCGGCCUGUCGUACCUGCGAAAAAUGUUUCUCUACUGUCUACGAAUCCACUAUCUCCAACCGCAGCCGUUCCAGAACCUCCCGAACCCUGUGGUGGUCGAUGAGGUAUCACAGCAGGUCAUCAAUAACCAAGCAUCUCCCACAAACGCUCUCGGGGAAUCCACGUACCCGCAUGAUUCCCCUGUUGAAUCAAUAUCGACUCCGGUGAAAAACUCGCUCACCGACACCACUUCAAGAUCUGCAUCACACACAAUACAGACCCUGCCCGAGACAACGCCUUCCCAGGAACCGUCUCGAUCUGCUCCUGCCUCUGUUCACUUCAGUACGCAAUCAGCUACUAUCUCCCAGGAACCAGAAAGCUCAGAGACAGCAGCUCCUUUGCCCCUCGAUUCUAGCGACCCAGCAACUAUAGCUUCCUCACACACUCAAACAUCAACACAAAUUCAGACGCACGCGCAAUCCCAACCAUAUAACCCAUACAUGCCCCUCAAUCGACAAUCCUCCCAACCCCAAUCCAACCCCUUCAUGCCCCAACCCCUUCCUCAAUAUUCCUUCACUCAAUCAUACCAUGCAACCUCGCUCCAAAAUCAGUCCAACCCACAAAUAUUUCAUUCGCAGUCCAGUGCCAACUCCCAAUCUCCGUUUGCAAAUGGGAAUGGGAGCGGCCCGCUGACAUAUGAUAGCUUCUGGUCUACACAUGCCAGCGCAGGAUCACUGUAUCGCACCCACGGAGGUUUCACAGCAAGCGCUACGCCAACUGGCCACGUCGCAAUGAUCACCCCUGGCGGACAUGCGGCCGUAAUGACAGCCGAGGGGGUAUAUGUUGGUACUGCGGGAUAUACAGGCCGCGUCAGCGGGUAGAUAUCAAUGCUUCAGACUUGACCUUGCUAUGUUGCUUAUUCUUUGGCGUUGCACGUUUCUAAGAACCACUCUGGUUUGCUUCAUGAUGUUACGUACUUCAUACUUACCUCUGCUCUUCCUAAUGACAUUUGCAUGUUGGUGGCUGAUAUUACG